AUGAGAACGGAGUUCAUGAGGUUGUGUCAAUGUGCCAUUUAUUGAGAAGGAGUUAUCUCUUUGUUUCCUGGGUCGGCGGGAAGUGAGCCGGCUGGAGAACUCUGUAGGCAGAAUCUUUUUUAGGAGUGCAGCUCCCCUUCCGCGGGUGUUUGGGCUUCAGCCCCUCGGGAUGUUAAGCGGCACCGUCGGAAGCCUCCCCGGCACAGGGGCCAUUUACACUGGGAGGCAUGGGGCCCUGGAAUGGGGAAGCAGGAAGCGCUCAUCAUUUUGGCAGGAUCUGUAAGAGGACUCUUCAGUGGGUUGUACAGACUUAUCGGAUGAAGAGUGCCUGAGAGACUGACAGUCUGCAUUCCCUAAGAUGGAGAAGACAGAUGCCAAAGACCAGUCCUCCUCUCAGGGGGAUGAAGAGAAAGGCCCUCCAAAGAGCCACCCCUACUCUGUGGAGACCCCGUAUGGCUUUCAUCUGGACCUGGACUUCCUCAAGUACGUGGAUGACAUUGAGAAGGGAAACACCAUCAGAAGGAUUCCUAUCCACAGAAGGGCCAAGCAGGCCAAGUUCAGCACCUUGCCUCGAAACUUCAGCCUCCCCGACAGCAGGGCUCGCCCCCAUGCUGCUCUUCCCCACCAAAACUGGUCCCCAGUGGUGCCGAAGAAGGUGUCGCUGGGGACAGAGGAGCGAGCCCAGUCGCUGCCCCCUGGUGAACACCCGCAAGCCUCCGCCAGCGGGAGUGAGGUGAGCUACCACAGGAAGGCCCUACUGGCAGAGACAGCCAGACAUUUGGAGGCUGGUGCGCCCAGGGAGGCCGAGCCAGCCCCCGGGAGUGGACGGCCCCAGCUCUUGAGAGCGUCCAGCAUGCCAGCCACACUGCUACAAAACAGGGCCUCAGAGGACUCAAGCCUAAACUCAGGUCCCCCCACACCUCCGGCCCUCCCUCCACUUCAGGGUGAAGGCAGGGUCUGUGAUGGUGCCUUUGGCCCUGCAGACGGAUUUGCAGGUUUUCAGAACUCCACCCCACGCGCAACAACGCAACCCAAAGUCAGAGAGUUUGGGGACGUGGUGCCAGGGAUUCCAGAGCUGGUCCAGGAGGGCACUGAGCCUCCUGAGGACGAAGAUGAAGAGGAGGCUCCAAAUCCCCUCUCUCUCCCAAGUCCUCCCGUCUUAUCCCAGGAUGCACUUGUUGUUCUGGAGGAUGAAGAAGACGAACACAAAACCAGAGAAGCAGAGGUGGUGGUCACCCCUGGCUCCCCAACACCCAGCCCCCCACCGCUGCCAUCACCCAUUCCUGAGAAUGAGUUCCCCCUAGAAGAAAUCGAGCUCAACAUCAGCGAGAUCCCACCCCCACCACCUGUGGAAAUAGAUGUGAGGAGCAUUGGCAUCCGGGUCACGGAGGAAAGCCUGGGCCUCCCCGCGGUGGAUCCCCAAAGCAUCUCCAGCCUGAAGCAACGGCUCUCUGCCCUCGAGGGUGAGCUGUCUGGAAGAACCGAGGAACUGGCCCAGGUCAGAGCUGCCCUCCAGCAGCAGGAGGAGGAAAUCAAGGCCAGAGGGCAGAGGAUUCAAGAGCUAGAACACACUGUAGCUCGACUGGCAGAAAAGCUUAGCCACGAGAACACCAGAGACAUUCGGGGCCACGCUGACGCCAUGGUCAACACUGACCCCCUGCAUGGACUCUUGCCCAGGGAGUCCUGUGACAAGAGCAUUGAGGUCAACCUUGUGGGCAGCACAGGAUCUGAAAGCUGGAGGGCCAGAGGACAGGAGAAUGGCCUCUCAGGGGGGCAGGCCAGCCACAAACGGGGGGAUCGGAGCCCAGCAGAAUUCGUGCCACCCCCACAGCUGUCACUGCCACAAGGACCUGAGGUGGUCCUCGCCCCCUCUUUACCUAGCUGCCUCUCCACUGAGCUGAGGAUCGAAGAAGCAGGCCCUGAGCAGGAGGGAAGCCCUCAGGUAGGAGCCGAGGGUCUGGGCGGGGGAGCAGGGCACUCUUCAUGGAGCAGCGACAGAAAGACGCCCCCAGCAGCAGCGCGAGAGGAGACCAGCUCAGAGCUGCCGGGGAAGGAGCACCCGGGGAGGCCACCAAGCUCGCCCACAGAUGCCACUAUCGGCCAAUACGUUAAGAAGAUCCAGGAACUCCUGCAGGAGCAGUGGAGCUGCCUGGAGCACGGGUACCCGGAGCUGGCCAGCGCCAUCAAGCAGCCCGCCUCCAAGCUCAGCAGCAUCCAGAGCCAGCUGCUGAGCUCCCUCAACCUGCUGCUGUCCGCCUACUCGGCCCACGCUCCACCCCAGAGGGAGCCCCCGGCCCCCUCUGCCUCCCCGCCCACGGAGAUCUCCCCGUCGACCAGCCUUAAAUCCAUAAUGAAAAAGAAAGACUAUGGCUUCCGUGCAGGAGGUAAUGGGACCAAAAAGAACCUUCAGUUUGUUGGGGUUAACGGUGGCUACGAGACCACCUCAAGUGAGGAGACCAGCGGUGAGGACAGCUCCCCGGAAGAUGUGUCAGACAGUGAGGCAGAGAAGAAAUGUGAUGGCCCAGAACAUAGGCGGGGCAAGGAGGCCCACCCUGCCUGCAAGGCUGGGCUGAGCAUCCCCGAGGGCGCCAGCACCACAGGCCAGGAAAGUGGGCCUGGGGAAGAAGUCCCCCAUCCCAAGGCUGAGAGAUAUAAACCCUCAGAAGAAUUCCUCAAUGCAUGCCGGGCAUUGAGCCAACAUCUGCCAGAAACUGGGGCCACCACCAACCAACUCUUGAGGCAGAGCUUGAACACCCUCCGUCAAGAGUGGUUCCGCGUCUCCAGCCGGAAGUCGUCGAGCCCUGCUGUGGUGGCUGCCUACCUCCGAGGGGUCCGGCCCCACUCCCCACACUUCCUGCAGCUGCUGGUGAACUUGGCUGAUGGCAAUGGGAACACGGCCCUUCACUAUAGCGUGUCCCACUCCAACUUCUCUGUGGUGAAGCUGCUGCUGGAGACAGGUGUCUGCAACGUGGACCAUCCGAACCGAGCUGGCUAUACUGCCGUGAUGAUCACUCCCUUGGCUUCUGCAGAGACCGACGAAGACAUGGCUGUCGUCUGGAAACUCUUAAGAGAAGGAAACGUGAACAUCCAAGCUACUCAGGGGGGCCAGACCGCGCUGAUGCUGGGAGUCAGCCACGACCGGGAGGACAUGGUCCAGGCGCUGCUGAGCUGCCAGGCAGAUGUGAACCUGCAGGACCACGAGGGAUCCUCAGCCCUCAUGCUGGCCUGUCACCAUGGCAACACCGACAUGGUGCGCCUGCUCCUGGCACACCCCGCCUGCGACAGCACCCUGACUGACAAGGCUGGCCGAACAGCUCUGUCCAUCGUUCUGAAAUCACCCGCCCAUGUGGAAAUUGCAGGGCUUCUGCGGGCCCACGCAGAGCAGGGCAGGUCCCUGGGGCCCUAGGGGCUAAGGAAGAACUGGCAGCUGGAAACAAAAGACUCCUUCUCUGGACUCCUUAGCCCUUGGAGAGGGCAUGGGUCACAGCCAGAGGGCCACCAUUCAAGAGAAGAAACUAUGUCAAAUAUGCACAUACAUUCCUGUUAUAUAAUUCUGCUCAUUAGAACGCUUUGUAGUUUUUGCCUUAGGUCAAGCCCCAAAACUACGCAGGCUGCAGAGCAGGGUAUAAGGUGCAGGGUGCACCCGUGUUGUCUAAAAAAAUCCCAAACAUCUUCAGCCUUGAAUUCCUCAUGACUCUAUUCUUUGUCGCACUGUGUAGCAAGCGCAUAGGCAGGAGCACAUUAGCCAAGCAAUACGUUUUACAUGGAAUUUUAAAGUGCACCACCUUUUUGUUUUGUAAUCAGUUACAUGAAUAUGUCCCAUUGAAUAUGCAUGUCUGGAGAGGAUUAGGCAGAGGUGGGGGGGUGGGGGGAGGUGGAUUUAAGCAGCCACCCUGGCAAUCAUUAUCUAGAGGACACCCUCAGAGAAUCACCACAUAGACAGCUGAAACUGAACAAACCACAUACUUUAAGUGGGUUUGUUUAGCUCAGGUUGACAGAGAAAUCCUAAAUUCGGGCAAAGUAGGAAGAGCCUAUGGGUAUCAAUACCAGAUAUACAGUCUUGACCAUUUCUGAGUCAUUAAGUGGCUCCAAUUUGUGCCAGGGAAAUUGGAAUUAAUUAGGAAAUCCAAUCAAGUAAAGCACACCACGUGUAUUUGGGCAGAGUCCAGUUACAUCAGCUAUUCUGAAUCUAUGAAAGAAACAAGUAGGAGCGAGCAGCCUACUGGGGAAAGGUUGUCAUCCAGAAGCCACCACAUUUCCUCUGUAGUCAUAUCCAUGGCCUCAUGGGAAUCCUGGCUCCUUUCCCCACAGAGCCCUUGUGUGAACUCUGAGCCCCCAAGAGCCUUGGAGGCUUCUGAGGCUCCUGGUUGCAGAACCUGUCAACCUGGGCUAUGGCAGGAGUGUGGGAGCUGGGCUGGGCAGGGUCCCCCUCGCCUGACUACUCUCUCUUCUGGACAGUUCUUUCUUAAACUUCCAUAAUCCCAGGGGCCCACGUGUGCAUGGCUUCUAUUCAGUAACUCACACAAUGUUAUCUAUUAAUUUGUUCUUAAAGUCUCUUAUGCAAAAAAAUCCUCCUUAUAUAAAAAGAAAGACAUCAAAGUUUGGUGAGCCUUGCACUAGAACCUCAAAAGCUUGAGUUCUCAUUUUGACUUAUAUGCCAAUUUGCUUGGUGCCCCUUGGGUGAGUCACAAAAUCUCCUUGGGCCCUGGUUUCAUCAUCUCUAAGAAAGGAAAUCAUUAUACAACUUACCUCCUAGGGGUGUUGUACAAGGAACAGCUGAACGGAAGUUUUGGAAUCCAAUUUGUAACCCAUAAGGACUACAGAAAUGGCGCAGCAAACUUCUGUACGCUGCUGGGAUUCAUGAGAGACUCAAAGUCCCAGAGCAGGACACUGACAUGUGACAGUGUUGCUCAGAGGUAGAGAGAAUGGAGCGAAUAAUGAGCUAAAAAUAUUUUAAGUGGGCUUAUUUUGACCUCAAAGCACACUUUAAGAGCAAAAACCCACUUUAAAAAAUGUUCUAGCCCAGUGCUUCUCAAACUUUGAUAUGCAUACAAUCACCUGUAGAUCUCGUUAGAAUGUAGUAGGUCUGAGGGGAAGGGACCUGAGAUUCUAACCAGUUCUCAGGGGAUGCUGAUGCUCCUGGGCCACACCACACUUGGAAUAGCAAGGCUCUGGCCUGGCCUGACUGUUUAUAUUAAAAUGCUGCCUCUCAAU